AUGGAUAAUACUGUAUACGCUUUAGUACAAUGCACUAGAGACUUGUCCCCAGAUGACUAUAAGAAAUGUCUUGGAAGUGCCACAGAAGAGAUUUUGGAUGUUUAUUAUCACUCAAUUGGAGUUAGACUUCUUAGUCAAAGCUGCUACUUGAGAUAUGAGUUGUAUGCAUUUUAUAUGGGUGAAUCUGAUUCUAUGGCUAAUAAUAAGAAUGGAGAAGUAGUUCUUGGUUCAUAUGCUUGCUAUUAUGCACUUAACAGAAGACACAAAAAGAGUAAUAAAGAUUUUGUUCAAGCUUAUCCAAGAAAGUUUCCAUACAUUGAUUUGGCUUCCAUAAAAAUUUCUACUAACAACUCUUCUGAUUCAAACAAGUUAGGAGAGGGUGGUUUUGGCCCUGUUUACAAGGGGGCACUAAGAGAUGGAGAGGAAGUGACAGUGAAGAGGCUCUCAAUAUGUUCUGAGCAAGGUUCAGAAGAAUUCACUAAUGAUGUUCUACUGAUAUUGAAACUUCAACAUUACAAUCUUGUCAAGCUUUUGGGUUUCUGUGUAGAUGGAAAGGAAAAGAUACUUGUAGACUUGAAAGCCAGUAACAUACUACUUGAUUUGAAUAUGAAUCCCAAGAUUUCAGACUUUGAAAUGGCAAGGAUUUUUGCAGGAACUGAAAGUCAAGCUAAUACUGCCACAAUAGUUGGGACUCAAUUUAACAAGCUCCCAGAAGCAAGUAUUAUACUGAUUGUUUAUGUGGCCUGCAAAACCACAAGAACGAAAUCUUAA